AUGUCGAGUACGCAAGGAGAACAGAAUGUCUACGUCGCGAUUAAAUUCAUUGAGAGCCGAAAUCUGCCCUCGGGUAAGAAGAAAGACAAGAAGCGUCGCUUUUACGCUGUCUUGUCCAUCGAGGGCCGUUCGGAUGCGAAAUUCGAGCUGCAUGGGCUGGGUGCUCAGGACGAGAAAGUGGUAGACUUCCCCAUGAUUUUUUUUGCCAAACUUAGCACCGCGAUCCAGAUCAAGCUCUACGAGAGCACAAGUGAUAAGAACCAGAUACUUCUCGCGUACACUCAAGUGCCGCUUCGUUCACUGGAUGGCGAAGUCGGGCUUAAACAUACUGCGGAUUCUGGGUUACAAACGGACGUCGUUCUUGGCUUUACGUUCAACGUUUCAUGCACUCUUUCUGAGGAGCAGGCUGAUUCUGAGAUCAGGGCCCUUGAGAGCCGUUUGAAAUCUCAUCCGAAGUUGUGCAGAGCCUUCGAGCAUCUGCGCCUUUUCUUAACAAUUGGGGCUGCAAUAGCAGAGAUAAACACCUUUGUCAAGGUUGCCUUUAAGGUGGUCACUGCCAUUGCCUCGGUUAUUGAGAAGUAUCUUGUUGGCAAAUCCUAUAUUAUCUCCUUAUUGGAAGACAUUGGUGCCGUCUGUGGCCAUGUUAGAGAUCUGGAUGUCAAGAAACAUGUUGGGAUGACCCUCACAGACACUGUGAAGACCCGAGUUGAGGAGAAUGCCAACCUACUCAAGAGGGCUUUGGAUGGGCUGAAGUCUGCCCACCAACAAGAUACACAGGCUGCAGUCUUUGAGACUCUGUAUGCUGUUGGUGGCCUCACAGUCCAAAUGAAGAGUAUGGACCAUAAAUUGAACAACAUAUUUGAUGAUAUGCACCAGAAGGACAAAAUUCUGGCUGAAUUGCAUUUAGCAAGCAAUACACCAAAGCCAGCAUCAUGCUUAGAUGGCACACGCACUGCAGUUCUUGACAUUAUUGAGAAAUGGGGCCGAGACCAAACAGCUGAGAGGCUGCUACUUCUCCGAGGGGCUGCUGGAAAAGGGAAGUCAACUAUCCUUAGUACAGUUGCACAGACCUUGGAAGAUAGUCAUGCUGCUGUGGUUCCAUUCUUUGCUUUCAAGAAUCAGUCCUUACCAUCACUCAUUCCCACAUGGGUGAAGCACCUUGCCCGGCACAAUGAAGGUUACUUCAAGUAUCUGCAUGGUCUCAACCCAGAAGAUCGCUCAACCAAGAACACAGAUCACCAAUACAAGAUUCUGCUGAAACAAGGACUAAGCCAUGCCUAUGGUGCAAAGCCAAUUGUCUUUGCCCUUGAUGCUCUUGAUGAAUGUCCCAAGGAGGACCUCAAUGAGCUUGUGUCUAUCUUAAACAAUUUGAUAUCACUGGCAUCAAGCCUCACAUCUUCCAUCCGCUUCCUGUUCACCUCUCGUCCUAUUUCUGAAGCUUUGAAGUUGGCACAGGGGUUGGGCAGUUCUGCUCUGUCUUACGAUAUCAAUGAGGAACCAGGCACUGUCAAUGACAUUCUGAAAUUCAUUCAAGAUAGGCUGAAAUUAACAUCCCUUCAGGGGAUGGUUAGUGAGGUUGCCAAUGUUUCAGAAACAUCCUUUGAAUGUGCAGCACUGCUCUGUCGUGAGCUUACAACAAAUCACUCAGGGCGAGUGACAAAAACAGUCUUCAAGAAGAUUCUUUCUCAAUUGCACCAAUUGCCUGGCAUGAAACUAUAUGGCUCUUACUAUGCCAUCCUCUGUGUUUAG